AUGAAGCCAAACCUCGAGGACCAGGCGGCGUCCGCCGAGGGCCCCUGGGAAGAGUGCUUCGAACUGGCCGUGCAGCUGGCGCUGCGGGCGGGACAGAUCAUCAGGAAAGCCCUCUCUGAGGAAAAGCAGGUCUCUACCAAAACCUCCGCCGCGGACCUGGUGACAGAGACGGACCACCUUGUGGAAGACUUAAUCAUUUCUGAGAUGCAGAAGCGGUUUCCUUCGCACAGGUUCAUUGCUGAAGAGGCCUCGGCAGCAGGGGCCAAGUGCGUGCUCACCCCCAGCCCCACCUGGAUCAUCGACCCCAUUGACGGCACCUGCAACUUUGUGCACAGAUUCCCGACCGUGGCAGUCAGCAUCGGAUUUGCCGUGAACCAAGAGCUUGAGUUCGGCGUGAUUUACCACUGCACCGAGGAGCGGCUGUACACGGGCCGGCGGGGCCGCGGCGCCUUCUGCAACGGCCAGCGGCUGCAGGUCUCCGCGGAGACAGAUCUCUCCCGGGCCUUGGUGCUAACAGAAAUCGGUCCCAAGCGUGACCCCGCUACUCUGAAACUGUUCCUGAGCAACAUGGAGCGGUUACUCCACGCCAAGGCUCAUGGGGUCCGAGUGAUCGGGAGCUCCACCCUGGCGCUCUGCCUCCUGGCCUCGGGGGCUGCGGACGCCUAUUACCAGUUUGGCCUGCACUGCUGGGACCUGGCCGCCGCCACCGUCAUCAUCAGAGAAGCAGGAGGCAUUGUGAUGGACACGUCAGGUGGACCUCUCGACCUCAUGUCCUGCAGGGUGGUUGCUGCGGGCACCCGAGAAAUGGCUAUGCUCAUCGCUCAGGCCUUACAGACCAUUAACUAUGGACGGGACGAUGAGAAGUGA